AUGCGGCUAUUUUGUAUUUUAUUAUUGCCUGUACUAGUAUUGCUGGUGCAAGUGACAAGCGCCCAAUUUGACGAUUAUGAUCCACCACCUCCACCGCCCCCAAGACCUCCACCACCAUGGCGACGGCCGCCACCACCGCCUCCCGGUCCACCACCGCCGGGACCUCCUCCACCAUGGGGACGCCCGCCACCACCUCCGCCGCCUCCAGGACCACCACCACCGGGACCACCACCACCAUGGGACAAUUAA